GCCUGGAUCGUGAGGAGCGGGCGAUGAGGGGGGAAAAAUCCCACUCGUGUUUCUUUUCCUCCAUCAUCGACAUUUACAUGUGGACGGACGAGCCGCGCUAAACCACCGGCUUCUCUGGACUGGAAGCAAAAAGCUUGUCAUAGUUGUGAAGUACAGAAAAAAGCGCUUGGAUUCACUACGGACUCUCUGUUUCUGGACGCAGCGGGGUUCCUUCUUCUGUCUGUGGAGUGAGGAGAAGUCUUUCUCUGGCUUUAUCAUGGGGCUUAUCAGGUGGAUUUGAGCUUUUCCUACACGGAAUGCACCUAACGCGGUCGGAACUAGAGACACAUGAUUCCCGUGUGGGGUGAGAAGGCAGCGGCGGUGUAGCCCUCAUGACGGAGCCCAUGAGGACGGAGUGAGCACUCAUCCCUAUACUCCUUCCAUCCCCUGCAGUGACCAAGUCACUUGCACAUAUUGUGAAAAGUCCGACAACAACAGGCACCUCAGUAUUUCUGAGCUCUCCGAUGGCACUUACUUACCCACCAGAUGGUUAAGUGGAUACCAUUCAAAGGUUUUUCCUGCCGCUGCAAGUGUUGAUUCUGAAAGAGUGUUUUGAAUGGCUCAGUGGAGGAACCAUUUGAGGACUGGCUGUCGGAAGCGUCACACAGCUCAGAGGGACAGCGGAAUCAUGUCGCACGUUGGGCUUGAAAGCAACCUAAGUGCCGGUGGCUGGGCGUCUUCUCUCAUGUGGCUUCUCCUUCUGCUGCUACACUCGUCCGCAAGCCCCACCUGGGCUCAGAAACUGGACGAAAAUGACCCGGUGGCCGUCACUACUUACGGCAAAUUGCGAGGAAUGAAGAAGGAACUUAACAAUGAGAUCCUGGGGCCUGUUGUGCAGUUCCUGGGCGUCCCGUAUGCCGCCCCUCCUACUGGUGAGCGCCGCUUUCAGCCCCCCGAGCCUCCUUUGCCUUGGCCGGAGAUCCGCAAUGCCACACACUUUGCUCCAGUCUGCCCUCAAAGCAUUGUGGAGGGCCGCCUCCCCGAUGUGAUGCUCCCAGUGUGGUUCACCAACAGCAUGGACGUGGUGUCCACAUACCUCCAGGAGCAGAGCGAGGACUGCCUGUAUCUCAACAUCUAUGUGCCCACAGAAGAUGUCAAAAGAAUAUCGAAGGAAUGUGCCAGGAAACCGGGCAAGAAAAUAUGUAGACAAGGAGGUCCACUUACAAAGAAACACACUGAUGAUUUAGCUGAUAGUGAACGGCCGGAAGACGAAGACAUUAGGGAGAGUGGAAGUCCCAAACCAGUAAUGGUUUUCAUCCACGGAGGCUCCUACAUGGAAGGCACUGGGAAUAUGUUUGAUGGCAGCAUCCUGGCCAGCUAUGGGAAUGUGAUUGUCAUCACAGUCAACUACCGGCUCGGCGUUCUCGGUUUCCUGAGUACAGGUGACCAGGCAGCCAAGGGGAAUUAUGGUCUGUUGGAUCAGAUCCAGGCUCUUCGCUGGACGAGUGAAAACAUCGCAGCCUUCGGCGGGGAUCCAUUACGUAUCACUGUGUUUGGCUCGGGAGCAGGAGCGUCAUGUGUAAACCUGCUCACGCUGUCUCACUACUCAGAAGGCAACCGCUGGAGCAACUCCACCAAAGGCUUGUUUCAGAGGGCCAUCGCACAGAGUGGCACAGCUCUCUCCAGCUGGGCGGUCAGUUUCCAGCCUGCAAAGUAUGCUCGGAUGCUCGCUCGCAAAGUGGGCUGUAACCUGGAGGACACGGUAGAGCUUGUGUCAUGUCUUCAGAAAAAACAUUACAAAGAGCUGGUGGAUCAGGACAUCCAGCCGGCCCGUUACCACAUAGCUUUUGGGCCUGUCAUCGAUGGCGACGUCAUCCCAGAUGAUCCCCAGAUCCUGAUGGAACAAGGUGAGUUCCUCAACUACGACAUCAUGCUCGGUGUGAACCAGGGGGAAGGACUGAAGUUUGUGGAACUGAUCGUGGACAACGAGAAUGGUGUCCAGGCCAAUGAUUUUGACUAUGCCGUGUCCAGCUUUGUGGAUGAUCUCUACGGUUAUCCUGAGGGCAAAGACAUUCUUCGAGAGACUAUUAAGUUCAUGUACACAGACUGGGCUGACAGGCACAACCCGGAGACGCGUCGGAAAACUCUUUUAGCUCUAUUUACUGACCACCAGUGGGUGGCACCGGCAGUUGCCACCGCAGACCUGCACUCAGCCUUCGGGUCACCAACCUACUUCUAUGCCUUCUACCACCAUUGCCAGACAGAACAGGUGCCGCCAUGGGCUGACGCAGCCCAUGGAGAUGAGAUCCCAUAUGUUUUUGGACUGCCUAUGAUUGGACCCACUGAACUGUUCCCCUGUAACUUUUCCAAGAAUGAUGUCAUGCUCAGCGCAGUGGUCAUGACCUACUGGACAAACUUCGCCAAAACAGGGGAUCCCAACCAGCCUGUGCCCCAGGACACCAAGUUCAUCCACACCAAGCCCAACCGCUUUGAGGAAGUGGCGUGGACCCGCUACAACCCGAAAGAACAACUGUAUUUGCACAUCGGCCUUAAGCCUCGGGUCAAGGAGCACUACAGGGCCAACAAGGUCAACUUGUGGUUGGAGCUGGUUCCCCAUCUGCACAGCCUCAACGAAGUCACUCAGCUUGUUCCCAUCACUACCAAGGUCCCUCCAGCCGAGGCCACUAACCGUACUCCGAAGACCAAGGUCCUGGUAACAAAGAGGCCCAACCCUACUCCGUUCCCAACAGAGACCCAAGACAGACACAACCAGCCCAACCUGUUGGACCAGCGAGACUACUCCACUGAAUUGUCUGUGACCAUUGCUGUUGGAGCUUCGCUGCUGUUCCUCAACAUUUUGGCCUUUGCCGCUCUUUACUACAAGAAGGACAAGCGUCGCCACGAUGUCCACAGACGCUGCAGUCCACAGAGGAGUGCCGCCAACGACCUGGCCCACACCCAGGAGGAGGAGAUCAUGUCUCUGCAGAUGAAGCAGCACUCAGAUUUGGACCGAGACUGCAGAGGAGUUGGGGAUUCGUUGCACCCUCACGAUGUACUUCUAAGGACUGCCUGCCCGCCGGACUACACUCUGGCCAUGAGGCGCUCGCCAGACGACAUCCCACUCAUGACGCCAAAUACAAUAACCAUGAUCCCCAGCACUAUGGGGGGGAUCUCCUCAUUGCACUCUUUUAACACUUUUGCUAACAGUGGGCAGAACAACACCUUGCCCCACCCACACCCCCACUCACACUCCACCACUCGUGUAUAGCCCUUUUGCCGCCCACUACUGGCAGGACUGGCUGUUGAUAUCGCUGCCGAUGCUGCAGACACUGUAGUCCAACACAGACAGAUUUGUCAAGCGCUGACAUGCCAGACUGGAGUAUCCUGAUGCUUGGGAAUACACAAGGAUGGAAUGGCUUGUUGGAUUUAUGUCUGGCCAGAACCUGGAGUUAAUAGAAAGUUUUAUUCGAAAAUAAAGUGACAGGAUUUAAAAGUACAACACAAUGGAUUAAAAAUGAGCAAAAAAUAGGUGGAAGAUGUUUUUUUUCUGGAUAUUGUAGCAAACAUGGAACUACUUUUUUUUUGACAGAAUGGAUUCUGCCUUCAGGAUCCUUUGACAAAUGACUGCUCGGCGGUUUAAUGUGCCACAGGGGCGAGGAUGGUGAAGCUCUUUGUAAACAAACGUAAAGAGAUCUGGUGUGGCACUGCCCAGAAGAUACUGACAGCUGUGUAAACCAGCAGGGCUCUCACAUCGCCGCAGAGGGCAAUGUAUUAUAUGGACAAAAAAAAAAAAAAAAACUGGAAAACUUGGACGCAAAAGAACUCUAGGAACGGUCCAUGGACUUUUGGAAAGGGGGCGGGGACAUAUCAGAGAGACUGUCCAUCAUUUAUUUUUGAGGAUCAGAAACAAUUUUAUUGUAUAGAACCUAUUUGAAUAUCUAUCUGUACAUUAAGCACCAAGGCUGUUCACUCCCUCCUGUGUCCGGGGGAGUUGUACUGCUGAUGUUCUCCUAGAACUCAACCAGUGGGAAAAGAGGAUCCACCUGCUGGCGCCCUGUCAACUUGAACACCGAGAGCUGGAAGAUUAAAAAGGAUAAUUGGAUAUUUUAGCACGAUGCGCAUGACAAUUUAUCUGCUUGAUGGCUGCUCGGCUGAUUAUGUCAUUAUUGAGAAUCAUUUACACCCUCUUCUCGCGCUGGAGCUAUUCCAGACGAGUGCUCCUGAUUGGAUUACAGGAAACACACAGAGGACCACGGAAAGCCGAGGUCCAAGUGCUGGAUGGACUGAGGAGGAGGCAGACGAGAGGCUGGGCUCCAGUUCAUCUUCUCGCCAAACCUGAAAUAGCUUGGGUGGAGCUGAGCGCAUAAGGACUAGUUUUGUACUCUGUGUGUUGUUACUACUUUUUGAUAGUGGUUAAAUCACAUGACACUGUAUCAGUCCAAACCAUCAGAUAAAAGUCUAUGUUCUUUGCUAUUCUACCUAUUGGAUCACCACAAAAGUAAGUACCUGCACUGUUGGUUCUGUUUUGUUUGUUUUUUUUCUUCUUAUUUUUCUUUGGUAAGGGUGGCUGUUCAACGAGCGAAUGAAGUGCUUUAGUAUAAAGCGGAAGUAGAAGUGAAUCUCAUAGCUUGUUGAUUUCUCUGCGUCUGUAUGAUGAGUAUUUAUAUGUGACUAAUAUUGCUCAAACGCCAAACCCAGAAUGAUCAAAACGAAACUGACCGGGAAACGUAAAGAGGCGCGCGCCUUCUGUGAUCUGUCUUUUUCUUUCUUUUUCUCCUUUUUUUUAAACACAUCUAGCUUUCAUCAUUAGUCCAGGACGAUCCUGUUUAGAAGUAGAUAACGCGGAGGAAGACAGAAAACUUCCCACUGCAGAGGAGAGUCACUGUCAGCUUACUUUUACCUCACUUUAAAGAGCUACCAAUUCUCCCGGUGACCUGGCUCUUUUUCAACUCUCGCUUGUCUGAUCUUUUAAUCUGAGUUUAGCAAAAUGGUUUCCCCUCACAGCGCUCCUCUUCUGCGGGGCUGUCUGCUGCUGCUAACAUCUUUAGGUCAGUGGAGCUGUAGCGACUAACAAUGUUAGCCACCAGAGUCACAGUGUGUCAUCCAUCUGUAGACAGAUCUGGUGGCUGAAUCAAAGAGAGGAAUACCAGGGAUGGCAAGCCCAUUGUGCUCGGAUGUAUAAAUGUCCUCUGGUGCCGAGAUGCUCUUUAGCGAGUUGAAACGCUUGUCUCACUGUUUUCUCUUCAAUAUGUGUUGUAAGAAUAACUCCUGUCCCGUUUGGUGUGCUCGCUCGGCACUUUGCAGUCAUUCAAAAUGAUAGCCUUAGUCUUUUUGUUAGCUUGUAUAAAAGCCAAUGCUGUGGGAGUCAGUAUCCUGAUGAAAAAAAAAAAAAUCUCAUUGACCCGAUUGGUCAAGGCUGAAUGAAGAGUUCACCAACAAAUCAUAACAUUAUUUACGACAACAGCGAGUCACAAACAUCUGAAUGAGGUAUUUAUAGAAGGCAUAGUUUAGGUGCAAAAGAAAACUUGCCGUCAGGGUUUUCCACAUGCUGUAGUGUCUGCUCUGGAGAUUGAACUCAAUCCAAAGAUAUAUUGAAUACAAGAGUGGGAUUUAUUAUUCCUCCUUCAGAGAAAUGAUUCUGUAUUUUCAACAAAUAUUUUCCGUUGACAUUUCCCUUUCAACCGCAGUUAUUAUUUAGAUGAAAAUCAACCCAAUACAAAAGUAGCAUGCCAUGAAAAAAGGCUUGGGAUAAACAAAAUUCCAGAGUGCGAAGAAGGUAGUCAUUGCCCAAUUCCUUUCACAACUAAACAUCUGUGAGACGUUUUGAUGCUUUAUCCUUGUGAACUUGACCCCCAGAAUCUAGACCAGGUUAAUCCCUUCUCCUUUUCAUCAGUGUAACAUUUUUAAAUCAUUCAUCACCUUAACCUUUGGCUGGCUACGUAGUAGACAUGAAAAAUUGACAGCAGAGAACUUUAGAUACAGACUAACCGUUUCCUCUUCACAACCAAACAGUGGUCACUCAGUUCUCACGACAAUAUAACUAAAGGCGCUUCAAAAAAUUGUUUCGCUAUUAAAACCGUUGCCUGAGGUGGAGUUAAAUUUGAUUGCUCACUUUGCAAUACAAAAUAGAAGCACAACAGAACCAAGACAUGACAAUCAAAAAUGACUGAAUUUCACAGUCAAAGUCAUUAGUUCUCCUCCUGAGAUUAAGCAAUUGAUUAAAGAAAAGGAGAAAAGAAAAUAGUGAAAGGUGAGCGGCAAUAAAAAAGAAAUAAAAAUGUAUUGCUGAACAGGCUGUAAAAAAGGGGAGAAACCUGGUUUGUUGGAAAAAUAGUUAAACAUUUAAUUUAACAUUCAGUAAGUAACGCUCAUUUCGCAACACAUGUCCGAUUCAGAUCCAUCCACUGAAGGCUUAGUGUGACUGAACACAAUGUAAUAAUGUUGUUUUGAGAUAUAAUGUAUAAAGGUUCCACUACUGCUUUCCAUCAGUUUGUGGAGUUGGACCCAAAUGUGAUGACAUGAGAGUCACUGAUUCAUGUCAGAGCAUUUCCUAGUCAAUGCCAUAUUUUUCUCCCUGAGCAUUUUGGCCCCCUAUUGAACAGCAGAGGUGUAGAAAUGUUGUUACGAAGCAUAAGUGCGAGGUCAGACACCAGUGCAGAGAAAUUGAGAUCUGACCACAUGAAGCCACAUCAGGUGGUAAAAUACACCAUUCAUCCAAUCAUGUCAUUGCAAAACAAAGUCUGCAUUUCAGCCAUAGAGGAAAGUGUGAAUGAAAAAAGACAGUCUGACUGAGAUAAUGAGAAAUGAUAAUAAUACGUGAAAGAAAUGUUAAUGAAAUCCCGCCAAGUGCUGCUUUCAUGUAAAUUGUUGCCCUGUUAAGAGGUAUCAUUCUGAACUACUUUGGCAAUGUUUCAAACAAUCCACCCUACAAGUUCACUUUGAAGGAUGAACUAAUAUUUGCUCAAUCUUGCUUUAAUAUACAAGAAUAAACACUUCCCAUUAGCUGCUAUGUAGUUUACAAAGAGUGGAAAAAUCCGAGGGGAGCUGCACUGAUUCCGGUCUCAAGCAGGGUUAUAUUCAGUCGUGUGCUUUUCUUGCCCUCCUAGAAUAGACAUUAGCUCAUCAAGUUCAUAACAUCAAGAUUGUGAGGAAAGAUCAUGGUCCUGACUCGCACGCUGGAAGAGAGAAUAGCUCUCCACAGUGACCUGCAGAUACCUUGAUGGUCUCACAAAAAAAGUUUGCUGCCUUCCAGUAAAACUGUUCCUCUUAUGAUUCUGAUAUUUCACUUUUAGUUUUUGUUUCACCGAUAUUGUUGAGGAUUUUUUUUUCUUUUUCAGUCAUGGUCAGCCAAUAGCAAUUAGCAUUAACACUCUUCCGCAUACUUACAGGUCUGAUACCCACAAUGAGGUCCGUCAAAAGCAGACUGAAGACAAAUACAAACACCACUUGCACAUGUCCCUCAAACCGUUUCCCCUCAUUCAAGAUGAAUGACAUGAACCCAUUUGUCCGCAGUCUCGCUUUCACCGUAGUGACUGGACUGGUUCGUCUGAGCUGACAUUGAUGGAACCUGCAUCUUCAGUUCCAGUUUGUCGAACAAGCGCUGCAAAUGAAUGUAACGCUUCAUGUUAUUUCUCUAACCUCAGAUCACAGCGGACGAAGCAACCGCCAAACCUCACCAUCGUCCAGCGAGGUUUUUUUUUCGCAGUGGAUUUGUUCUCUGAAAAUGGUGGGAAACGGUGUUCUCGAUGUGAGCUGGUCUGGCAUUUGUAAUGUACAUGAUUUGUCACGUCUUUUUUUCGGGUUAAAUAAUAAUUACUCUUCUGGAGCACAAUAAAUGAUUUUAAUAUACUGACUCUGUGUUUCUUAC